CCGCGGAAGCUCUCUCGCCUUUGCCUUUCCGCCGAGCAGACAGAGGCAGCGGGAGAGAAGGCGCCUGCUGCCUCUGCGAUCUUCUUGUUGGCCGAGCGGAGCGAAGGAGGCGGCGUGAAAGAACCCCUCGAGCAGUUCGGAGCCGGAGGGCCUGGCUGGUGGGCUAAGGCGGGGAGCCGUGGUCCAUUUAAAGCAGCCUCUCUCCGAUUUCAGAAAAAAUAGGUGUCAUAUCGACUGGUCAACUAAAGUCAAGAGUUCAAAAUUACAAUGACGGAGCAAGAUCAAGAAUGGGAAAACUUAAACAAGUUAUUAAGACAACAUGGCCUAAGACCUGUGUGCCUUGAUAUGCCUGGAAGUCGCGGAAAUGUGCCAGACGCAGAGAAAAUUGUUAUGGACAAAUCGUCUUCCGAAACAAUACAGCAUGCACUGAAAACAUUACUGGAAGAGACAGAGCGUCAACGAAAAAUUAUUCGUGGUUUGAUAGAAGACAAUCACCAACUUAGAGAUGAAUUACGCUUGGAGAGGAGUCGGGCUUCCCGACAGGAACAACGAGCGAAUGAUUUGGACGUUAUUGUGGAAAAUGUGAAACAUAAAAUACGUCAGCUAGAAGACGAGUCAAUAGCCAAUGCUUCUCAGCAACAUAACCAAAUCAGAGAUCUUCAAAAAGAUCAUGAAAUUUCACAGGCAGUAUACUGCCACCAAGCGAAACAAUUGGAGGAGCAAGAAAAGACGAUUGGCCAUUUACAAAAGGAGCUUUCCAAGCUGGGUCUGGAAGAGCAGCAGCGUAUCGCCACUCAGAAAAAAGUGUUCCGCCAGUUUUGUAAGCAGGCUCCAAGAACUCACUUGGAUCAGCAGAUUUGUUGCCUAAUUGAUCAUUAUGAAUCUCAGAUCAGCCAUGUGAGAAAAGAACUAAGGAAAUACAAGAAAGAGAUCAAUCAUUUACAAGACGAAGGAAAAGAUGAGGAUGAAUUCUUGAAGAAUAUAGAUUCUACUGCUAAUUACAAAGCUCUGCUUAUGUCUUUCCAGACACAGAUAAUUGAAACAAAAGCUCAAAAUGAACAACUUGUGUGUGAAAAUAUUAAUCUCAAGAAAGAGAUGGAAAUUAGGCCAACACUACAAGAAUUAAAAUUUUAUAAACACCAAGUGAAAAAGCUGGAGAAAAUACUGAAGAACAUCAAAUCACCUGAGAGCAGCGAAGAAGAAAACAUGAAAGAAAACAAAGAACUUAAAAAUGGUUUGGGAGGGAGCCAGCUGCAGGAAGUUUGCAGAAGAUAUUUACAGGUAUUAUCCAGCAUUGACUCUAUUAUCAGAAGCCCAAGAAGAGCUCCUCUAAUAACACUUACGCAGAAAAAGGGCCUUGGGAAAAGCUGGGCUGAGGAGGAAAGUGGAUUUGAGCAUCUCCCUGCUGUGAUUGAAACCUGGGCAGAUCAGCUAAUGGCCCUGAAGAUCUUGCACCAGUCCCUGAAAAAGCUAUUUCUGCGGUUAGUUCCUUGGCAUUCCAAAACUAUGCAGGACACUAAUGAAUAUAUUAGAGUUGAGGAUCUUCAGCAAAUAGUGGAGGAAAUCUCUGAAGAAGUAGGCAAUGAAGAAAAGAAAAGUCUGAUUCCUUCACAACAAACCUUGUAUGCCAUUGUCUGUCAUUUUCAAAAACUGUUUGAUGUGAAGACUCUAAAUGGCGUUUACCCUCGAAUGAAUGAGGUUUAUACAAAACUUGGUGAAAUGAUCAACGCUAUGAGGAACCUCUGUGACCUGUUAGAACUAGAUUGCUCAGCACCACCUAGUGUCCUGGUGAACACGGUUGGAAAGCUAUGCAAUUUGUUUAAUGAGAACGUGGCCUGGCAGGUGGAACAACUGCUGGGCACACAAGACAUUGAAAGCAUUAUCUGCAAGUUAGAAGAACAUGAUGACUUUUUCCCAGCAUUUCAUGCUCUUAUUAACAACUUGCUUCGUGUUCUAGAAGUCAGAAGUCUCGCAGAAAUAUUACCUGCUGUACAGAAGCUGAAAUGGAUGGUCCAAUAAUGUAAACUAAAUAUAAACCUUUAUUGUAUUGACUACCUCUUAUAUUUUUAAAUAUUUUUUAUUAAAAAUGUCUGAAUGGAA